CAAUGUAGCAUGGAGUAAUUCUGAUCCAAUUACAUUUACUUCUUAUUCUUACAGUUCCUAAUCAUAUGCCUGUCAGUGUAUUUUGCAUCAAGGUCUGAUUUACUUGCAGAGAUUACUUUCAGUUAGUCUGGAGCUGCAGUUGCGUCCUGGCAGUCUUUCUACUCUGAAGGAGGAGGAGCCGAGUCUGGGAGGGAGGGAGGUGGUGGAGGCCCUGGAGAGGAGGAGCCCUCAGAGAUGACCAGCCUGGUGGGUGGUGCCCCAGGUGGAGUUUGAGCACGGGGGUGGAGUUUAAGGCGGAAGAAGGGAUCAUUGCAGUGAAGGCCUUCUAAGUGAUGGAGGGCAGGGCUUAGGGAGGAGAGGCGGUCGGAGUCCUUGAGCCUGGCCCUGGGUGUGAUUGGAGGAAAGGGCUCAACCGUCCUGAGGGCCUCAGGGGCUGGAUAGGACGGUGCUCUUGGGACUAGGAAGACCCUUCCGGAGCGGGCUGGCGGGAAGCAGGACGUCUUUGAACUGAGAUCGCUCUGCUUUCCAGAAGCCAGCGCUGUGCUUGCAGAUCCCAGCUCAGUCUGCAGAGGACCUAGGACUGACCCAAGCAGGAUUGAGAGACAAUGUCCCUUGGGAGCAGCAGACUUGCCCAGGAGACGGUGACAUUCGAGGAUGUGGCUGUGGACUUUACUCAGGAAGAGUGGGGCCUCUUGGACCCUCCUCAGAAGGAGCUGUACAAGGAUGUCAUGCUGGAGAAUGCCCAGAACCUGCUCUUCCUGGGGCUUCCUGUUCCCAGAGAAGAUGUGAUCUCUUAUUUUGAGCAAAGGGAAACACCAUGGAUGCUGGAGCAAGAAGGCCUGAAGCACUGUUGUCCAGGACAGAUCAGAAUUGAAAUAAAAGAAACUCCUGCAGAGAUAAGUCUUUCUAUUGAAGAAAUUCACCAGCAAAGACGCAUGAAUAAUGAUCCCUCUGACUUUGCUAGGAGAGAAAUCUGUGCUGUAACACAUCAGAGAAUCCACACUGGGGAGAAACCUUAUGAAUGCAAUCAGUGUGCAAAGACUUUCAGAUGGAGGUCCCAUUUUGUUAGACAUCAGAGAAUCCACACUGGAGAGAAAUCUUUCGAAUGUAAUCAAUGUGGAAAGACUUUCAAAUUGAGGUCCCAUUUUGUUAACCAUCAGAGAAUUCACACUGGAGAGAAAUCUCUUAAAUGUAAUCAGUGUGCAAAGACUUUCAGAUGGAAGUCUCAUCUUGUUAACCAUCAGAGAAUCCACACUGGAGAGAAACCUUUUGAAUGUAAUCAAUGUGGAAAGACUUUCACAUGGAGUUCAGCUCUUGUUAGCCAUCAGAGAAUCCACACUGGAGAGAAACCUUUUGAAUGUAAUCAAUGUGGAAGGACUUUCAGAUGGAGGUCCCAUCUUUUUAAACAUCAGAUAAUCCACACUGGAGAGAAACCUUUUCAAUGUAAUCAAUGUGGAAAGGCUUUCACAUGGAAGUCAGAUCUUGAUAACCAUCAGAGAAUCCACACUGGCGAGAAACCUUUUGGAUGUAAUCAGUGUAGAAAGACUUUCACAUCGAGGUCCCAACUUGUUAAACAUCAGAGAACCCACACAGGAGAGAAACCUUUUGAAUGUAAUCAAUGUGGAAAGACAUUCACAUUGAGGUCCCAACUUGUUAAACAUCAGAGAACCCACACUGGAGAGAAACCUUUUGAAUGUUAUCAAUGUGGAAAGACUUUCAGAUGGAGGUCCCGUCUUGUCAACCAUCAGAGAAUUCACACUGGAGAGAAACCUUUUCAAUGUAAUCAAUGUGGAAAGACUUUCAGAUGGAGGUCUCUUUUUGUCAACCAUCAGAGAACCCACACUGGAGAGAAACCUUUUGAAUGUAAUCAAUGUGGAAAGACUUUCACAUGGAGGUCCCAUCUUGUUAAACAUCAGAGAACCCACACUGGAGAGAAACCUUUUGAAUGUAAUCAAUGUGGAAAGACUUUUACAUCAAAGUACUAUCUUGUUAAUCAUCAGAGAAUCCACACUGAAGAGAAACCUUUUGAAUGUAAUCUACAUGGAAAGACUGUCACAUGGACGUCUCUUUUUGUGAACCAUCAGAGAAUCCACACUGCAGAGAAACGUUUUGAAUGUAAUCAAUGUGGAAAGACUUUCACAUCGAGGUCCCAUCUUGUCAACCAUCAGAGAAUCCACACUGGAGAGAAACCUUAUGAAUGUAAUCAAUGUGGAAAGACUUUCAGAUGGAGGUCUCUUUUUGUUAGCCAUCAGAGAAUCCACACUGGAGAGAAACCUUUUCAAUGUAACCAAUGUGGAAAGACUUUCAGAUGGAGGUCCAUUUUUGUUAACCAUCAGAGAAUCCACACUGGAGAGAAACCUUUUCAAUGUAAUCAAUGUGGAAAGACUUUCACAUGGAGGUCCCAUCUUAUUAAACAUCAGAAAGUUCACACUGGAGAGAAACCUUUUGAAUGUAAGCAAUGUGGAAAGGCUUUCACAACAAGGUACCAUCUUGUCAACCAUCAGAGAAUCCACACUGGAGAGAAACCUUUUCAAUGUAAUCAGUGUGGAAAAUUUUUCAGAUGGAAGCCCCUUUUUGUUAAACAUCAGAGAAUCCACACUGCAGAGAAGCCUUUUGAAUGUAAUCAAUGUGGAAAGACUUUCAGAUGGAGGUCCCAUCUUGUUAAACAUCAGAGAACCCACACCUUUUGAAUAUAAGUAAUGUGGAAAGACUUUCACAUGGAGGUCAGAUCUUGGUAACCAUCAGAUAAUCCUCACUGGAGAGAAACCUUUUGAAUGUAAUCUAUGUGGAAAGACAUUGAGAAUCAGACAUAAGUUCAGUGAACGUCAGAGAAUCCACACUGGGGAGAAGCCUCAUGAAUGUAAUCAGUGUGUAAAGACUUUCAGAUGGCGGUUCCAUGUUGUUAAAUAUCAGAGAAUUCACAAUGGAGAGAAACCUUAUGAAUGUAAUCACUGUGGUAAAGCCUUCAAUAUGAAGUCAGCCCUUGUUUCUCAUCAGAGAAUUCAUAGGAAAUAGGAAUCCUAUAACUUCUGUUAAUGAGGAAAGGCUUUGCAAUGGAGUAAAGAGCUUCUUUCACAGCAGAAAAUUCACUCUGGGUAUAAGCCAUCUAUGGACUCUGUGUGAGAAGGCUUUAAGCCAGAGAUCAUCUCUUAUCUUCACAUUAGAGGAUUCAUACUGGAAAGAAACCUUAUGAAUGUGAUCACUGUGGACAUGCUUUUUUUCUGGAUCAUUGAGUUUGUUGGUAAAGGUUAAAUUUUUUUUUUGUCUGAUUAUAACAGAAUGGUGAAAUAAAAGAAAAUAUAAGAAUUUGUUUGGGAACCCUGCCUUUGGCUAAGAUUAGAAAGACUUAGGCCCUCAUGGUUUUUCUCUGUGUGAACCGUGCUGGAUCCAUCCCUCCCCCUCUGUUUCAGCUGCAGAAGCCACACCUCAGAGCCAGGGUGAAAACCCUGGGCCCCGGUGUGGUGUGAUCUGCCCCAGGCGCAUGGUUCCUUCUGGCUGCUGCCCUAGUGCUGCCAACCAAUUAGCUUGGUGUGUGUGGGGGCUUGGCUCCCUGUUCCCAAUGAGAGAGGCCUCUUAUAUACCGGGGAAGUUAGACAGUGGAGGGAGCAGAGAAGGAAAGAGUGGCAGUUGCAGGGGAGCUGAGAAGGAAAGAGGAUGCUGAUGAGAAAAGAAGGGGUUUCCAGUGAGUUGAAAGAGGCCGGCUUUCCGCUAAGAGGGGAGCAGCGGUGAGUGCAAGGGGAGUGAUCCGGUAAGAGGGAGAACUGAGAAAGGGGAUGCAGGGAGACAUGGAGCUACGUAGAAAGAAGAGCGGAGGCAGCUGACAGUGAGGGAGUCAGUAGAUGAGAAUGAGAGAUGGCAGGGAUAAGAGUUUACAGAGGCAGGUGAGAGACACUCAGGGAGGUAGUGAAGAGGAGUGUUGGUCGGUAGAAGGAAGAAAGGUAUAGUGGGGGAGCAAAGGAAGACUGAGAAAAGAGAUGCAGCAGCUGGACAAGUUCAUAGGUCGUAUAAAUCUUGCUUUUCUUUGUAUUUACUUCUAAGUUUAUUCUUAUCAAAAAACCCUGUUUUUGUUAUUAAAUUGAAAGCAGGCUUUUUAAUAGUAUUCCUUAUCGGGCUGGGAGAAGCAGUUGGGGAGGGGCAGGCCCUUACAGCUUGGCCCACACCUGGGGGAUUUCUUAACCACCGCCCCCCCCCCCCAGGCUGAUAGGAGUUUACACACUGGCUUAGGCAGCUAAUAGCUAAUAGGGUAGGCAGAGAGCAGCUUUCAGAUGCCGAGCCAGCUAAUUACACCUAAUUACAUCAUGUCAGGAACUGCGGGAUUGUGUGAAAGAAGACAUCUGGAUGUUCUCAGAAAUAGAAUGUCUUCAGAAUGAAGAAAAGGAUUUGUGUCAGUAUUAUGUCAAUUGGUGAACAAUGUUUGGUGAAGGGAAGGCAUUAGCAUUAUUUGACCAAGGGAAUAAAAAUUGGGGGAAUUUGGGGGAAUUUUGUGGUCUCCUACAGGUUACCUGUAUGUACAGUGAUGAGGAGAGAAUUCCCAUGAUGGCCCUGAGGUAGAGCAGAAGCAUUGUAGAAAAAAGCAGCCACUAGUAGGCAGGUCAGAGGCCAUGUUUGCUCCUGCUCUUCCAGCCUGGAAGGGGAAUCUAAAAAAACCAAAAUUCUAUAUAUAUAUAUAUAUAUAUAAGGUGCAUCUGGGCUGAUUGUCACAGUCAAAGGGAACUUCAGGGUCUCCCAGAGGAGAUAAUUUUAUAUCUUGGUAAAUCGAAAGUGAAGUUUACCUUUAGGCUUAUCAGCUGAAGGGAAAAAAGAGUAAAGAGAAUGAAAACUUUUUUGUGGAACUUUGAAAGUCUUUAAAAAGAUGAGUCUCAAUGCAGAAAUAUGUUUAAUGUGAUUGUACAUAUAUAACCUAUAUAAGAUUGCUUUCUCUCUUGGGGA